CCUUGGUGUGGACGAGUCGCAGUCUCUCCACCUCUUUUCCAAAAACGCCGCCGUCGAGGAAGGACGUUUUUCACACACCUCGUUGUUCGCGAAGCCAAAACUGAAAACUUGGAAAAGGAAAAGGACAUCCAACGACGCCAGAAUGAUUACCUGGGAUGGCGACGACGACGGCGUCCCUUGCGAAUUACGCGUAGCCGCGCCAGAAUACAUCAACUAUCAGAAAUUCGAGUGGUUGAGCUUGCAACCUUCGGCCAAGGAUAGUUUAGAUGUACGCUACGAAAAUAAACGAUAGAUUCCUACACGCGAUUGAAGUGUGAGAUAACUUGAGCCUACUUUGCCUACUUUAAGAAGGAAAGAAAUGGUGAGCUUGCGUGGCUUGGAUUGGAUGUCGUUCACUUCGACUUUACAAACGACUGAAACCAUCGGUGGUACCCCACUGCGUCCGUUGUGCGAUUAGAUAAUUCUCCCCUCGUAUUGUUCUGUCCAUCGACCGUAUCUGUUUUGGCACGGACGAGUUCCGAUUUCAGUUCUUGUUCAUUGACUUCGUCGGUAUCGAUUUCCUAUCGGAUUACAUUUACUCCCGGCGGGGUCUUAUGAAAUCGAGUGGCAAGCGCGGUUGUCUUUCAUUUUUGGUCCAACUGCAGCUUGAUUUAGAAGUGACUGGAUCGAUUUUCAGUGUAGUGUUUUCCAGUGUUUUUGUUGAUUUUUCCGCCGGUUGAGAGCGCGAAAAUCCCGAUUCGUAGCAGCCUGAUCUGAUGGGCUGUUGAGCAAGCUAAAGGAUAAAAUAAAUGAAUAAGUGAUCGUGCACCCGGAACAUGGAAAAACCGAAAAGUGAUCAUAAAAAUGAGCCGAAACCCCCGAGCCGAGGAUUGCAGUGCGAGGAUGUUCCGCGGGUACGAAACGUGCUGUUGCGGGCCAUUUGUGCCGUUUACCUGUUGGCGUUUGUAAGUUUUUACUGCCAGGCCGAAGGUUUGUAUGGCGAGACGGGCAUCUUGCCGGCCCACCGGAUUCUGCGAAAUGGAACGCUGAAGGAGCGCUUAAACUUACUGCAACUUGGACCCUUCAUCGGGUUGGGUGGCGCGGGUCAUGCAGCAAUCGAUUUGCUGUGUCUAAUCGGGGCCGCGGUAGCGUUCUUAGGAUUGAUCUCACGAUCCUACUGCCGUUUACUCAGCUUCAUCGUCAUGUGGACGCUCUAUUUCUCGCUGGUGCAGGUUUCGCAAUCUUUCCGCCAGCAGGCCGACCAUCUUCUGCUCGAAGCUGGUUUCCUUUGCAUCCUGCUGGCCCCUACACGGUUGACCGAUGGUCGCAACCCGAUGGAGGACAUUGCGCUGCUGCUGCUGAAGUGGCUUGUGUUCCGGUUUAUGUUCGCGUCGGGAUCAGUCAAGCUGGCAAGCGGAUGUCCAUUGUGGUGGUCAUUGGAUGGCCUCCGGCGACAUUACGAAACGAUGCCAUUGCCCACGUCCUACAGUUGGUACACUUACCAGCUACCAGAAGCCUUCCAUCGGCUCAGUACGAUCUACGUAUAUCUCAGCGAACUUGUCGUCCCGUGGCUGUUCUUUGCACCGAAUCGUGUCGUCCGCCGGUUUGCCCUCGUCUGGCACGUGUUUCUACAUGCCAACAUCAUCGGCUGUGGUAAUUACGGCUUUCUAUCUCCGCUGGUGUUAACGCUGAUGGUGACCUUACUGGACGAUGACGACAAGUUGUUGCUGAAACUUCUUCGAGACAAUCCGGGGACAACGAAUAGCGGGAAUAGCGGCGUAGAACGACGAACCCGUGGAGGCGUCGUUCGCAAUCAAGCGGAACCCAACAACGACUCUGACCGGAUUGGUAACCGCAUCGUUAAAGUGAUUGGCGUACUGAUGGUGGUUGGUUCGUGGAUUAUCUUCGGCAUCGGAUUCUCGAGUUCAGAAGAUGGUUACCUUACUUUCAAGACUAAUUUCUCGAAAGAUCAGUAUCUGAGUGUAAUGCCAGUGAUGCUGCUCGCCGCACCGUUACUGGUUUUCGGCUUGUUAGUACGAAAGUUCCUUAAGCUGCUCUCCUUCCAAGACACCGUGGGUAGUUUGGCCGAAGGGGCGCGUCAAUUUACGAAAAAUCUCGGCCUGCUCAUCUCUACGAUCGUUGCGUUCACGGUGUUCUUCAUGUCGAUCGUGCCCCAUUCGAGGCUGCUGCCAAGUACGGCCAUAUCUUCCCCGGUGAUGACCCGAGCGUACGGCGGACUGCACAGUCUGUACGUCGUUAACCAGUAUGGGCGCCAUCUAACCAAGAUGCGACCGGUGCGGCGUGAAAUUAUUCUGGAGUACGCAGACGACUUGAAUGGAACCUGGCAGGAGUACGGAUUCGACUACAAACCCUGGACGGUAGAGCGGACUUCAUCAUUGCCGUAUGCAGGACUUUACUUUCCCCGAUUCGAUUUCAAAUUCUACGAUGCGGCCGCUUCGAAACUGGAUGCUCAAAAGUGGUUCUAUCCCAUGGUACUCCGACUACUGCAGCAUCAGCUACCCGUAUUGGACCUUUUUGAUGGCCAUCAUGUGCCUUUCAAAGCUCCUCGAUUCAUCCGUGCUUCACUAUACCAGUUCUCGUACACUACAUCGCCGACUAAGGACACGGUUGAUGGUGCCUUUUGGGAGCGGAACCGUCUGGGCGAUUACUUUAGCGUCUUUUCACUGGACGCUGCUCACCUGCAGGAGAAGCUGAAGCAAAUCGGUUACUGGACGACUGGAGAAACCGAAACAGCCCAAUCCUGGAAUUGGUUGCUGCGUUGGCUGUUGGAUGCUGUUCGACGAUUCGUUAGUACUAUCGAGGGAAGCUAUCUGGUGACGGGGCUGCUCAUGGCAGCGUUGUCUCUAAACUACUCGCUGCUGAAAUAGUAGUCUAGUCCCCCACCCUACGCACAUUUUUUGAUGUCAAUUAUGGUCAAUUCUUAAGCAAAAGCUGCAAAAGCGACGCCCGCCCAGUUCUCUACGGCGAUAGUUCACGUUCGACACAAUGAAAUGACGAAUAAAACCACUUUUUGCGAUUAAAGCAAACUCUGGAUAAAUGGAUCUG